AUGACCAAGUGGAAUUACAGCUGCGCCAGUGCAUCCAUAAAUCAAGAUAUUGUCGAUCCUCCUGGGUUUGUUCCUGCCAGCGAAAGUGCUCGUCUAAGUAAAAAGCAUCGUACUAGCGAUGAUGAGAAUAUGGAAUUGACAAUUGCGAAUCUCAAAGUCAAGAAAGCAUGGGAUACUGCUCUGGCGCCUGCAAAAAGUAUUCCAAUGAACGCACUCAUGCUAUAUAUGUCGGGAAACAGUAUUCAGAUCUUCAGUAUCCUCAUCACAGUAAUGCUUUUAUUCAACUCUGCUAAAUCUAUGAUGUGUGUUUCGCAAGCAUUUGAGCGAUUUCAGACCGUAACAUCUACUGCCAAGUUGACCGGAUUUGCUGCAUGGAAGGCAUUCUUGCUUAACCCACUAUUGCUACCAAUGACUGCCUUUUUUCUCAUCCAAGCAGGGAAUCUAGCGCUGGGUGUCUGGAAAUGCGGUGCAAUGGGUUUACUUCCCACAGCAACUUCAGACUGGCUUGCUUUCCUUGAAAACAAAGAGGUGAUUGAAAAGACUAUUGCCGGAUGGAUAUAGAUAGUCGUUUGGAUUUCGUAUUGUAAGCUACAAUAAAGCUUGAGUCUUGAGUCACGAUGUGAAA